AUGUGGUGUUUUAUUGUUUUUCUCACUAUCUUUUUACCAACAUUAGAAGGACAAUACGGCCCUGCAGUUACUGGACCAUCACUUCCAGAGGAAUUAUGUACAAAGGAUCCACAGGUCAGCCGUGGAAGAUUCUAUCGAUUAAAAGUUCGUCCCAGUUUUUAUCGAAGAGCUCAUCCAUUACAAGUGGAAUUAUACCAGACAAUACAUGCAUACGGCCCAAUUAUUGCCGAUGCUUAUGUGCACGUACCAGAAACGGCUAAAAACUCUUCGACAGCAGCGUUGGGAAUAAAAACACUCGGAUACUGGUUACCAAAAAAUCCUGACAAUUACAAAAUAUCCAGAGCCCUGUCUUGUUAUAACAGUGUCUGGGGUAAUGAUGCUAUUGUGGCCAAUUCUGAUAGAGAACUGAAAUUUAAUUUAACUGGUAUAUGGUAUCCACCAACAUCAGAAUUUGAUUUAAUAAAAAGACCAUUUGUUAAAAUUGUGGCUUAUGUUACCCCUGAUCCCGAUGUUAGACGAAGGAGAUGGUAUAGAGCCGAAUCGCAACCAAUCAGAAAUUUAGAUUAUAUUGCAUUCCAACACCACAUGAGAAGAUACAAAGCACAAAUGAAAGCGUUCAGAACACAACUUGAAAUGUUUAAUUAAUGUUUGAGAGCAGUUCAUCUAAAAUGAUUUGUGGCAGUGAUGGUUUGGAAUGGCUCCUGGUUGUCGGAAGAAUUUUUCAAUGUUUGAAUUCAAAAUCAAACCAAUGUGCUUUUACAGAAUCAAACAAAAAACAUUAGUGAUCAGCUGAAAAUACAGCUUUUUUUUUUAGACUUUUAUUAAAUUUAUGAAUAUAUAUCACUGAGAUGUGUUUUCGAUAUCAGAAGUAUCACAUUAUUUACUUUAAGGAAGGGGUAUUCCACAACGGUCAGAAAACGGCAGCAACAUAUUAAUGAUACUUUAUUGUAAUUACUAGUGUUGUGAAAGGAUUUAGACAGGUUUCAAUACAGAUUUAUAUUACAAAAUCAUAAACUUUUAAGGACAUCAUUUCAACAUAAUCAGACAUUACAUUAUAGAUAAGGAAUGGUAAUAAUAUAUUUAUAAUUUUGUUUGGAUUGGAUGUUUCUUAUCGAUUAAUGUAUAUCGUGUACUAAAUAAAGCUUGACAUGGAUUUAUUUACUCUAUUCAUUAAUCAUGUAGCCUACGGUUGAACCGCCUACACACCUUGGCCAAAUUAUUGUGAUGGUCAGGUGUGACUUAAACAGGCACUGGUGAUAACGAGAAAAAAUAGGAUCUUAGAUUUAUGAAAAUUGGUUGAAAAAUCAAGGACCUAAAGCAUUUACACAACGAUAAUUUCAUUGAUCAAUUAAAGAAAAGAAAAAGAAUGGAAAGAUACCGCCAAAUAGCAGAUUUCAUGACGGAUUUGAGCUAAUCAGUAUUGGAUGUUCACAAAUAUACCCGUUUUCUCCCUUUUCCAUUGGGUUCAAGCAUUCACUAUCAAGAAAUUACAGAAAAACCUUUCUACUCUACCGUAACAUUAACAAUUCAGAGGGAUACAUUCCUUCAUUGCUUAACAGCCAAUUCUUUUACGUAUCUCUUUCGUCGUUAAUAAAAUAUAUCUUUUUAACUAAAAGAUGUGAGCUAAUUCCACAAAAAUCACCUUCAACAGUUACAUAUAUAAUAAAAUUAUAGGAAGAAUGUAUCAUUUCAACAUGAGAAAAGUCAAUAAAAAGGAAAGCUUCCGAAUUGGACUCGGAGAAAUUGAUUUCAGACGUAAAGUACAUGUUCAAAAUUAACACGAAAACUUGAACCGGAUAUAUAAAUCUUAUAUUGUAUGCUAUAGUGUAUAUAAAUCUGUUUGAAACAUGGUGAUAGUGGAAAUAAAGGUGCUAAUGAU